AUAAACCAUGUACUGUACUGUACAGCCCAGUAAGUAAAGACAACAACUCAACCAAAAGAAAUAAACUGCAGACAGGAGCAUUGAGAUAUCAAACAUGUGAUGCUGGGGAAUCCCCCACCAGUUCUAAAUAGAAAAAAACUGCAAAACAUCUUUCUACUGCAGAGUGCAUCACCCCAGUCCAGCUGAAUUUCACCGAGCAAACUGGCAAUACUGCAGGUUAGUGACUAAAUCAAAGGAUGCAACAAGAAACACUGUGAGUCCUUUUGCAGCAAAGAAAAUAAAAUGAGCAAUAAGAUAAACGGGCAUGAAGGCAAACAUAUAAAGAAGAGGCAGAGCUGUACGUUUGAGGAACUGGGGUGCAGGUUUAAGGGAGCGAGAUCAAAGGCUCACAAGCAUGAGGCUAAGUCUAUCACACUUCACAUGAAUCUGCUCCUGGAAGAAGUCCUCAGACUUGAAAAAACAGAGGAGGCGCGUGGCGAGGUCUUGGAGAAGCUGAAUCGGUUAGCCGAGAGAGCUGAGGAACAACCCGGGGUUAAUCUGGACAUGCAAGAGGACCCAUCCCGUCCAGAUCUGAAUGAAAAGCUGCAGGAGCUGUGUCACACCGUGCAGGCAUUACAGAUUCGAGUGCCCAGUCUCGAGAGCAGAACGGGACAGCUCCAGAACAGGGUAGCCGUCACGUCUACGGCCAUGGAGAAAUGUGACGCACUGGCGAAGAGCAUGGAAAGAAAGUUGGAAUCUAAUAAACGGACAAUAAAUGCUCUGCAGGACAAGGUAAGACAACUUGAGCAAAACAUAAGCCUUUGCUUUCCAAUGAACAACCCGCCAACUGAAGUGGCACAAAAUGGGGUCUUCAUUUGGAGUAUCACUAAGUUCCACAAUCUGAGACAGGAAGCCAUCAGUGGUUUGAGACCCUAUUUGGAGUCGGAAGGUAAGAAACUCAUUACAGUCCGUGUAAAGAGUUCAUGAAAAGAUUAUAAGUGCAAAAGGAGGAUUCCCAGUGCAGCUGUGCAGAGCAUGCUGUUAUCUGGCUGCUAUCAGGGAAACAAUGUUAGAUUGCCUGAGAAACUAUCAAUAAAAUUGACUUCACCUGACCUGGUGCAAGCAGCGAUAAGCCAGCAACUAGCUUUGCACACAAGGGGUGCAAAAACUAUAUAAAGUACUGGUGCUUGACAGAGCUUUGAGCAUUCAAGAUCCUCCAUGAACACACACCAGCCCUGUGUUCGAUGCUUUCUUACAGAAAUUGGUAACUAAUAAUGCUUAAUUUCUGUUAAUAACUAGUGACCUCCUUAUUGUGUCUAAUGAUAAUGAUUAAGCUGUAAAGGUGUGACUUUUGAUUAUUGGAAUCAAUAAAAGAAAUGUGUUGA